AAAUCUUAUAAUUUACAGGGAUUUCCCAAAUCUUUGAUUGGAGAUCAUUAGGGUUUCUGCACCAGAUUUCCCCCAAUUUUCUCCGCGAUUCUUCGGGAUUUCCCAUAUUCUCUUCUUUCUUCUUAGUUUCCCUUUCCCAUUCUUUCUGCAACCCUAUCUCUCUCACCAUUUGAGAGGCAAACCAAAAGGUUCGUUCUUUUCGUGCUAAUUUGUAUAUUCGAUUAUUGAUUAUAAUUUGUAACAAGGUUAUGCCCGAUCGAUUGCUUCGCAUUCAAUGUUAAUCAGACUUUCUGGUUAUUCUCUUCGUUAUUCUAAUACGGAGAGAACGAAAUCUUUCUACUUUCCCCUUCCCUAUUUGCCUGAUGUGUAAUGGCGCUUUUUGGCGCCAUUCCGUUGUGAACGAUUUACUUUCUGAAAGUGGAUGUGAAUUUCCAAUCAUUGAUCUUCUCUAUAUUUAUUGUAGAAACGAACCCUGAAGUGUGCUUUUGCUGCAAGAUAGGACAGAGUGUGCUAUUGGGGUGUGAUCUUAAAAAGAUUGAGAGUGCUUAUAGUUUUGCAACCGAUGUUAUGAGGAAGAAAAGGAAAGGAAGUGAUAACGAUGCAUCUGCGGAUCUGCCUGUUAUUUUGCCUUCCAAUCAUGGCUCUGCAUCGUCGAAUUUCAAAUCACAUUACUCGCUGGAAGAUUGUUCUAGGCUGAAGAAGAGGUGUAAAGAAGAUGCUGACACUGAGCCAGCUGGUUCCUUUAAAAGUAGGCUUGCCGGCAUUGCUACUGCUCCACCUUGUGGGACAUCGUCUUUGAUCACUUCCGGAAGAGGUCUCAAGAGGAAGAUAGGUUGCAUCGAUGUUGCUACCCAGACGGGCAGGAAGAAGAAAAUUGAGGAUGAUUAUGUUUCUGGUGAAACCAUUGGGCAAGGAAAAUUUGGAUCUGUUUGGCUGUGUCGGUCCAGGGUUAGCGGAGCAGAAUGUGCUUGUAAGACUCUGAGGAAGGGGGAGGAGACGGUUCAUCGAGAGGUUGAGAUAAUGCAGCACUUGUCUGGACAUUCUGGGGUUGUGACACUGCAAGCAGUGUAUGAAGAAGCUGAAUGCUUUCAUCUGGUGAUGGAACUGUGCUCUGGUGGGCGACUAAUUGAUCAAAUGGUUAAGGAUGGUCCAUAUUCAGAACAGAGGGCUGCUAAUAUACUCAAGGAAGUGAUGUUAGUCAUCAAGUAUUGUCAUGACAUGGGAGUUGUGCACAGAGAUAUCAAACCUGAAAAUAUUCUGCUCACAGCAUCAGGGAAAAUAAAGCUUGCAGAUUUUGGCCUGGCCAUGAGAAUUUCAGAAGGUCAGAACUUGACUGGUUUGGCUGGAAGCCCUGCAUAUGUUGCCCCAGAAGUAUUGUUGGGCCAAUACUCUGAGAAGGUGGAUAUAUGGAGUGCUGGAGUGCUCCUGCAUGCUCUUUUGGUUGGCGGUCUUCCAUUUCAAGGAAAUUCAUUGGAGGCAGUUUUUGAGGCUAUUAAGUCCGUCGAAGUAGAUUUUCAAACAGGGAUGUGGGAAUCAAUAUCUAAACCUGCCCGAGAUCUUAUUGGGAGAAUGCUGACAAGGGAUAUUUCUGCAAGGAUAUCAGCUGACGAAGUACUUAGGCAUCCAUGGAUAUUGUUCUACACAGCGAAUACAUUAACAAUGCUGCCCAUCAAAACAAAAUCGAAGCACCAAAUUGGUGCUGCAUGCCGACAGUUUGUGGCUGCAUCUGAACCUAGGUUAGGAGUAAACAGGAUAGAUAAUGGCUCACUUAGCGGGGUUUCAUCCUCUGAGAGUUGCAAUUCAGAUGAUCAGGAUGAAUGUGUGUUGAUUGAUGCGCUUGCGACUGCAAUUUCACAUGUGACGAUAUCCGAACCAAAGAGGAGCAGAUUGUGUGUUCCCACAGGUCCAAUAGUUCAGCAAGGUUCAUCUAACAUGAAGUCUAACAACCUUUGUAAAGCAUUUUGACCUCCUGACAUGCUUACACUACCUAUACCACUAUCUGGACUACUUUAGCUGGGUUUUUAGAAUUUACUUUCCCCAGCGCAUCAUACAGUGGGCUAAAGUGGAUUUUAUAUGCUGACAUGUUGGCAUGGGAUGCCACUUCCUCUGAAGUUCCUUUUUAGUGUGAGAUCCAAUUGCAAUUUUUUUUUUUGUCCCUUUGAUCAACCUAAUAACGAUUAACUGAGUAAACUGAAAUAAUUGUACAGCAUAUGUAAAUAGAAUGAUAAUGUAUCAUUACCGUUUUUCUUGCU